AUGAUGUUUCGAAGCGUUGUCAGCCUUUUUCUGAUUCUCCUGUAUACAGUAAGUUCACAUUUUUUCAUAAUAGCACUUUUAUUUUUUGCUUAGAGAGAAUCAUCCUGCGCCGUCCAAAUAGACGUUACACAAAUAACCAUCUUCUUUCAAAACCAACUCAAAAACUUUUUGACUACCUGCAAUGGUGUUGAUAUUGAGUUCUUUUUGCAACUCAUCACUUCCAAGUAAGCUAUAAUUCAAAUACGAAUUCAAAAUUGCAAAACCGUACGAUUUUCCAGCUACACAACCCAACGAACGUAUUACUAUCAACAACAACCCGCCACGAUUACCACCUUGGAUUUGGCCAACAGCAGUACUUUCCAGAUCCAAUCUCCUACAGUAAAACAUAAAACUCAUAUUCAAAUACACGUUUUCCUUCAGGAUUUUCUUGCCAUUUCCGGAAUUCUUUCUCUGAGUUGCUCUGUUUCUCCGAGCCCAUACGCAGAUUCGUUCUUGCUAAAAACUCAAUCUUCCAAACAGCCUGAUGGAAACAAUAUCGCAGCGCUAUAUGUCGCAGCGGCUGAGAACAAUGUUUGGUAAGUUGUGAGAAGGAGAUGUGGUGUUUUAUUAUGACGUGUUUCAGGUCGAUGCAAGCAACAAUAUCCCGACGAUGCACGGGGGCCAAUCAGUACGGAUUCAACUGCAACGAGGAGUGCAGCGCAACGGAUGACGGAUAUCAUUGCUAUAAUUGCGGCUCGAACGGACAGAAAACCUGUUGUAACAGUGCUAAUGUUAAUCCGGGUAAUAUUUGGACUUUAUAAAAAGGUGAUGUGUGGAAAGAAGAAUUUCAGAUGAUUGCUCCUAUUACAUUCAACCUGCCUCAACUACUUUGUCGCCAAAUUCACAAUGUUCCGCGGUUAGUUUCACAACAGUCUCUCUUUCUCUUUCCUUCAGUUCAAUUUUAAAUUUAAAAAUUUUAGUCUGCCGAGAACACCUACUUCUGGCUCAUGAUCAGCUUCGCCAUUAUCAUCGUAAUUCUCGCCAUCAUUCUCUUACUCGUCAUCCUUGAGCUCUGCUUUGGACUCUUCACGUAAGACAUCAGCGACGAAUUCAGGGCCGCGCUUUUUAGAAUGUGCAAACACACGCUUCGAGAUUAUCGCUGUUUGUAUUACACCGCCAAGACAAUCGUCCCUCCUAUUUAUGCGUAUUUUUUAGAGGACAUCAAGCCGCAAAGGGCAAUGAGGACAAAGACUGGAUAGUGGGGAACGAGCCGCGCGCGAAUCGAGAGCUCUACGACGGCGACGUUAAUCGACAGAACUACCGGAGAAAAAAUGAGGUGUCGCGGGAUACUAGCAGGCAGGAGGAAAGCCGAAGGUCACCAUACUUUGUGAAUAGGGAAGGAUUGGAUAAUCAAACCUAUGAUGACGUAAGUUCUUCUUCCCAUCAUGUUUUAAGCGUAUGUAACUAUUUCUAUUUCCAGGAAUCUCUUAGAAACCAAUGGGUCGAACCGCAACCCAGAAGAAUUGCUCGUGUCUAA